CACCUUUGCAUAAAUAUCUGAUGGUUCUUCCAGCUUUCCCCAUCUCCCUCCCCAUUUUCUUUCAUAGAUACUUCUCCUAAUAAGACCUUUGCAUGCUUAAUCCCAUUUUGGUAAAAAAUGUCAAUAGUUCUGAAGUUGAGAAACUUUGGCUUACAGAGAUAAUAACAGCAGGAGCUGAGUAUCAAUAUUAGCUCAACUACUUUGUGAUUCCCUGGAGAUAGAACUCCUGAGGAUUGGGCCAGAUGGCAAAUGGCGCACCAAGAAAAAUGAUAUUUCUGAGAAGCAGUUGGACUAAGAUUAACAGUAUUCUGCUUCCAAAGGGUUUGGUCAGAAGUGACUUUCUCUGAGAAACCAUGGUCUUAACAACCCUUGUCCACUCUGGCUUCCCUCCUUCCUUCCUCCCUUUCUUCUUUCGUUGUUUCAUUCCUUAAUCCCCAUACCCCUUCUCUCUUCUCUUUCCUUUUCUCCCCUUCUCUCUUUUCUGGCCCCAGUGACUUUUUGUCUCUUGCCUUAAUAUUGUAUAGUUAGUAAAUGACAAUGAUUACUCAAUAGUUCCAUCAUGAAAACACAAUUCUCAUGCAAGCAGUUUACAAUGACUUUUAGUUUGAAAUUUCUCAUGGUUCGGUUUCGGAUAAAAGGUGAAUGUUCUUGGAAAGUUUGAACUUAAUCAGAAAAGUUAUUUUAGAAUUAUGCUCUUAGGGUAAUUGCUGGGCUUUUAGAUCUGGAAAUAUUUUCUUACCAGUUAUUGUCCACUGAUUGCUAGGAGAUUUGGGUUAAUAAAUUUAUCACUUAAUAAUUUUUUCCUCCUCUUCAGUUCUUACGCAUUUGCACAUAUUCAUUCAGUUUCACUUCUACGGUUAGCACUGCACCCCCAAAUUAAAGCCGAUUUUAGUCCAACGUCAGGUUCUAACUGGGUCAGGUUUGCUAAGAAUCAAGCCCACUUUUGUCAAUUCUUUUCAUAAAAUUGGUCUGGGUUUCAAGAACAUAAUGAAACCAGAAUGUGGGGGAGUUUAGAAUAUAGUCUGGUCUCAAUUCGUCUGCUCUUUGAAAACCACGGUCUGGUUUCAACCCAACUAAACUUGGAUAGUUUAAUUUAAAAAAAGUAGUGACUAGAAAAUCCCAUCAAUCCAUGGAGCACAAUAGCACUCUUCUAAGGACAAUAAACCCAGAAGAAAAGGAAGCAUGGAAGUUUUCUUGUUAGGUUUGCCAAUAAAGUGAUAGAUAUUCUAAAAUAAUGUUUCAGAAUUUAUGAGUGAUAGCCUCUUCAGAAAGUGAUCUUGGGUAUCCAAUCAGCCCUAUUUAUGUCUCAUAUCUCUAUAUUGAUCAGUUUUCUUCAUCUGUGUUCCCAAAUGCCUUGCCUCACCUGCAGGCCCUGUUUUUCCUAACUGAAGUUUUAAGGGUUUUAAAAUUCUCAGUCCUUCACUGAAUGAGGCUUGCAUUAGUCACUAUCCAAGACUUAGAUCCAAUGUAGUUCUGACCAUGGGACUCUCACUUUGGAAAAUGGCCACUGGGCUCCUGCCAUACUCAGGUAAGGCUUAGAUUUCCUCUAAGUCCCUUUGUCUGCAUCUCAGAGGACUGAGUUUCUGCUUUGAGACUUUUGAGUGUCUUGCUCUGUCUUGCCCUUCCCCUGGGGCCAGAAACCCUGACCUGAUCUCCAUCUUUGUAUCUUGGGGCCUGGGGCUCAUCAGUAUGUGGACAGGCUUUCUGAAUAAAGAAGUAUCAGGCUACUAGCUGCCUGGAGUCCUACUUUUUGUGCUCUACUCACUGUGUACAAUCUCUUUUCCGUGGGCUCCAGUGCUGUUAUUUAAAUUGUGCCCUGUGAAGGUUUGGCAUAACCCACCAUCUAGUCCCCCAGGGGCCUGAAGUUCAGCUGCAGUUCUGCAGUAGUGAUGGCUCAUGAGAGAAUCAGCCUUCCUCCCCAUGUUACACUUGCUUUGUGUGGCCAUGGAGUAGGGUCAUGACUCCCACUCGAAUCUAAGAUGUUCAUCCCUGUUCUAGUGCUGCCACCAUUACUGAAAAUGUUCUUGGUAUUUGAAGGCCUGUAUAUAGCACAAUCCUUCCAACAUCUUCAAAGGUAACACUUAUUUGUAUGAAUAAUAAUUUGAUAUUCCCUCCCACCAACAACAAUUUCCUCAUUAUCUGAGGGAUGUUGGUGGUUAAAACACCAAGAUAUGACCAUACAGUAAUAAGACACUGCAUUUUUUUCCCCUCCAUAAAAAUGAGAAUAAUUCCAAAAAGUGGCAUCCCAGGGAUUUUCUGAACAAUGACAGUAUCACUGGAAAAAUAUAACCUUCCAAGACGACAUAUUUGAAGGGCUGCAGUCAUUUGAAUUUGCAAUUUUAGAUAAAGCGAUUGAACCUUUUAUCACUGAAAGUUUUUGUUUUGUUUUGCUUUUUAACUAUAAUGAGUUGUGGGAAGCCAGUCAGCCUUACAUUUCCUUGGAAUUCUCUUUGUGACAUAGUGGAGCAUCACCUUGAAUGUAUGGCCCCAAGAAGAACUUCUCUUUCUCUUGCUUCCUUCUGCCAGGGAAGAGGCUGGCAUGGUUCGGAGCCUUCAACUGCACUCCCAUAGCACAUCAAAAGAUACUUUUAGGUAGGAAUUCUGACAUAGAGGAAUUGGCCAGAUAAUUUUAAAAGUGCUUAGGGUUAGUUCUUGAAUUUUCUGUCUUUGUAUGCUAAGUAUCGUGUCUAAUUUAUAUUACUGAAUAUCUGAUUCUGACAGAUUUUCCCCAUGACACCUGAAGUCCAUGUUCAACUGAGAGUGAUCUGUUUGAAUGACCUGCAUGGUAUGUCUUGAAUGAUUUCUGUCAAGUUGGAAACCAAGGACAUACACUUAGAGAAUGCAAAGUCUACAGAUGAUAUGAAGCCAGGCCUAACCAUCUGCCUGAUUCUCUUAGAUGGGCAUGGAAGCUGGGCUCUAUGUAUGUGCCAGACAAAGACUGCAGACCCUGGGUUUUCAUUUCAGUGCAUUACUCUUACUGCCUUCAGCAGGCCCUGAUGUGCUCAUACCUGAACACUGCUCCCAUAAAGCCAUGGCUUGCUUUGGAUUCCGGAGGCAUGGGGCUCAGCUGGACCUGGCUUCUAGGACCUGGCCCUGCAGUGCUCUGUUUUCUCUUCUCUUUAUCCCCGUCUUCUCCAAAGACCAUAUCAGUUAAGAAACCAUGUGGUUUGUACGAUAUAUCUUGGAUGCUCAAAGGGAUGCAUGUGGCCCAGCCUGCAGUGGUGCUGGCCAGCAGCCGAGGUGUCGCCAGCUUCGUGUGUGAAUAUGGGUCUUCAGGCAAUGCCGCCGAAGUCCGAGUGACUGUGCUGAGGCAGACUGGCAGCCAGAUGACUGAAGUCUGUGCUGCGACAUACACAGUGGAGAAUGAGUUGGCCUUCCUAGAUGAUUCUACCUGCACUGGCAUCUCCAGCGGAAACAAAGUGAACCUCACCAUCCAAGGGUUGAGGGCCAUGGACACGGGACUCUACAUCUGCAAGGUGGAGCUCAUGUACCCACCACCCUACUAUGCAGGCAUGGGCAAUGGAACCCAGAUUUAUGUCAUCGACCCUGAACCUUGCCCAGAUUCUGACUUCCUCCUCUGGAUCCUCGCAGCAGUCAGUUCAGGAUUGUUUUUUUAUAGCUUCCUUAUCACAGCUGUUUCUUUGAGCAAAAUGCUAAAGAAAAGAAGCCCUCUUACUACAGGGGUCUAUGUGAAAAUGCCCCCAACAGAGCCAGAAUGUGAAAAGCAAUUUCAGCCUUAUUUUAUUCCCAUCAAUUGACACACCGUUAUGAAGAAGGAAGAACAUUGUCCAAGUUCUAAGAGCUGAGGCAAUUCUAACUUUUUGCUAUCCAGCUAUGUUGCUUAUUUGUGUAUUUUGGGGGGGGAUUCAUCUCUCUUUAAUAUAAAGCUGGAUGCAAAAUCCAGAUGAAGUGUACUACAAUUUGAAGCAAAGGUGCAGGAAAACAGAGCCAGGAUGUUUCUGUCACGUCAGAUCCAAUUUUAGUAAAAGCAUCACUCGGGAGCAAUAUAGGGAUGCAGUCUUAUGUUGUAGGUGAAGGAUAUGGGUUAGGGGGUGGUGCUGUCCAAAGAAUACAAAGGAAGAGAGUUAGGGAGAGGAUGAUAUUGUACACACUUUGUAUUUACACAUGAGAAGUUUAUAGCUGAGGUGAUGUUUUCAAGUUAAAGUUUUGUGCUGUUAUUUUUCUUAAAUGUGGAAUUACAUGAAGACUUUAAAAAUACUCACGUGGCUAUAUUUUAGCCAGUGAUUCCAAAGGUUGUAUUGUACCAAUAUGUAUUUUUUUUUUAUUUGAUAGUAUUGUGCAUGGGGGCCACAUGUGCUUUUGUGUAUUUGCUGAUGGUUUUAAUAUAAACACUAUAUGGCAGUGUCUUCCCACCAUGGGUUCAGGGAGAGUUUUAUGGAGGGGCUCAGGACACUAAUACACCAGGUAGAAUACAAAGUCACUUGGUAACUGGCUUGGAAACUGGAUGAGGUCAUAACUGAUUCUUAUAGACACAUUGAGCUGAAUUGGUGUUGACAUGUGCUUUGGGCUUUUAUGUUAGCUCCUUUCAAAGGUUUGCAAGGGAGUCCAGACUGGUGUAUCUGAUGUAACUCAAUAGAACACCAACCUCAAGAAAAUGGCUCACUCCAGGGGUCUUGUAGGUAUGAACUUCAAGGAAGCUCUAGUUUCACAAGGGCCCCAAUUCCUAACACAUGGUUCAUGCCAUGGACAGAAAAAAGCAGCAGGUGGCAGAACGGGGUGAUGAAAGUUUCUAAAAACUAACACUGUUGGUGUUUUUUAACUCAUUAUUUUCCAUGAAAAUGCAACAACAUGUAUAAUAUUUUUAAUUAAAUAAAAAUCUGUGGUGGUCAUUUUCCA